UUGCGGGUCAAAGCCGUACGUAUCACUUUGGCGUAAACAACACCGUCGGAACUCUCUAGUCGCGAAUAAGAGAUAUAGAUAGAAAAUGAAUACAUUGACGAGAGCUCGUGUGAUUUUUACAAAAUUAAGUGUUCGAUUUCACAGUGGAAAAGUCGGUAUAAUCGGUGUACCGUUCAAUAAAGGUCAGAAAAAAGAAGGAGUAGCUCGUGGACCUGAGACAAUCAGAGCAGCGGGACUGAUAAAGGAAUUACAAGUGUUAGGGUUGGAUGUGCGUGAUUACGGUGAUGUAAAUUACGACAAAGAAGACAUACACGAUGUGAAUAAUAUGUCCCAUUUGAGCCACGUAGCUAGUUGUACCAGCCGUUUGUCCGAGUGUGUUCAGCAAGUAAUACGAGAUGACAGGCAGGUGGUGACAAUUGGCGGAGAUCAUAGCGUUGUUAUCGGCACUAUCGACGGACACAUCAAGGAGAAGCAAGAUGUGGCAGUGAUUUGGGUAGAUGCACACGCGGAUCUGAACACCAAUAAGACCAGUGACAGUGGUAACGUACAUGGAAUGCCUGCGGCACUGUUGAUUUCCGAACUGUCCGACUAUUGGCCGUAUUUACCCGGCAUGGAUUGGCAAAAGCCAAUGUUGCCCAUCAGAAACCUAGCUUACAUAGGUUUAAGAUCCGUUGAUCGUUACGAAAGAUUAGUGAUCGAGAAGCAUGGUAUCACAGCCUUUGGUAUAGAAGAUAUAGAGCAUUAUGGUAUUCACAAUGUGUUCCACAUGGCCCUCAAUAAGAUAGAUCCUCACAAUGAAAAGUCUCUACACGUCAGUUUCGACAUAGAUUCACUAGAUCCACUUGAAGCACCUAGCACUGGUACACCAGUUCGUGGAGGACUGUACCUUAGAGAAGCGAUUCAUCUUAUGGAGCAGAUAUAUAGAACCCAUAGACUGAGUGCCAUUGAUUUAGUAGAGGUCAAUCCACAAAUUGGUGAUGCACGAGACAUAAAAAUUACUGUGGAAGCAGCGAUACAUGUUAUCCAGGCAGCCUUGGGUCAUAUGAGACGUGGUUUGACAGUUCCCAAAGGUGUUACAGAUAUACCAUUACAGACAUUCCGAUAAUAUACUAUAUGUACAUAUAUAUAUAUAUAUAUAUAACAGAUAUAACCAACAAAUUUAUCAUCAACUUGCAAUAAAUAGCAUGCAUCUGUUUUAUGA